AUGGAUGUGCCAGGCGAGCAGCACGUGAAAGUAUGUAUAGAUGAGUUAAGCGCUGUGGCGACUGCGUGGUUGGCCAAGAACCCCAAGCAAUUGGAGCUUAAUGCAGCUCUCAAAGACUUCCAGGGCCUUUAUGAGUUGGCGCCCCAGAAUCCUGGCAACUUAGCGACAGAUGGGCGCAAGCGGUUCGCACGCCUGCAGCCCCUUGCGAGCUUUGUUGCGAGCCUGAAAGGAUUUCUGCAUGAUUCUUUGAUACCGACUGCCAAGUCUUGCGUGCGUAAAGUGUCUCGGGUGGUCUCGCCUUAUUUUGGAGGUGUGCCGCUGCACGAUCAUAGCGAGUCGCUGCCUAGUUUGGUGAGUGAUUCAUUAACAUUCGCAAUUCUCAACCCUGGAAGAAUUGGGCUCUCCACCGUUGCCGGUGAAGACAUUUUGUGGUGGCGUUUGUUUCAUAUCUGUUCUGUGUUGGUAGAGCGAAAUAUCCAGAUUUGUGUUUUGCCGGGGGCGAGAUGGCCACCUGGUAGCACACUGCCACCUGGAAUUCCCUUCAAGUGGCUGGGCGUGCAAACGUCUUCCUGGGGAGCAGUUGGGGUCCUGGUGGCCACUGAGUUGGACACGGAAGUCUCAUGUAUUGAACAGUUGGGGUCCUCAGUGAUUUUGUGGUUACUAGUCCGCGGUAGUGACCGCAAACAGGGGCCAGCUGUCAUUCUGGGAGCGAUCUACCCCAAGCCAGGAGGCGACCUGGAAACAUGGCAGCAGAUCUUGGAUGAAUACCAGCAUCUAAAGACGUGCUACCCAGGCACUCGUAUCUUGAUCGCAGGGGAUGCCAACAUACACCUAGAGACGGUGGUCUCUCACCAGGCAGAGUGUCGUUGUGUACACUGCCGCCAGAGCUCCGUGGACAGAGAAAUUGAAAGACGAAUUAUUGCCGUGGGCCUCGUCUGUUACAACCCGCCUAAGCCCACGCAUGUAAGCGGCACAACUAUUGAUCUGGUGCUCGGGGCAGGUGAUGCGAAUGUCCCGGUCGAAAUUAUCGAGGAAUCUGUGGGUUUGUCGGAUCAUUUUUUGGUUAUUGCCAAGUGCCCUGCAAGGCUCCAGGCUUCGUUUCCUACAUCUGUGGGCCGAGUCAUGUGGGCACUAUCGUCCGAGUGGGAUACCGUUUGUGAAGAUGUUAGCUCGGCUUUUGCUUUGGCUGUCUGCGUCAUAUCUGAAGCCCAGAAUGAGAUUGAAGAGUUUGGCCAUAACAUGCCGAUCAAACGCAAGCGCGCCGUUUUGGAUGCGGGAGCUUGGAUUCGCGAAGUUUUCAUUUGUAUCCUUGGCCAUUGCGCAGGCUUAGUGUACGCCAGGAAAGGAGCCCAGAAAGAGCAACCUUGGACGGCAAGUUUCCCACAGGUUCAAAAUUUCGCUUCUUACGAUGAUUAUAAGCAUGCUGUUGCUGAAUUUGAUGCAGCCACGAAACGACGAUGUGUCAACAAGUUCUUGUCACUGCUGGCGUCCAACCCCAAUGAAAGCAAAAGGUUCCUUUCUUCCUGGUUUAAGAAGCCCAACGAUUUUCAUAUCCAUCUUACAGAUGAGGACUCCGACCAGUUGCUCAGUACACAGGAGGCUUUGCUGGAAAUACAGCAGGAUUUGAUCGAUAGAGCAGACAACGAUUUCCCACAGGAUCCUGGGUCGGCACAGGCGCUACGCGACACCGUGGUUUCCAUUCGCCGGCUUGGUGCACCCGCCCAGGGCAUUCCCGGCAUCAUGGUUGUCCCGACAGUCAACACUGCCACAAACACCGCACUGUAUAGUUGGUCUGAGUUUGAAACUGUUUUGGCUAACAUCAAAGUCAAGAAGCAAAGCGCAUAUGGACCAUUGGCAGCAGUGAAAGCUGCUGCUCCCGCCGCUCGUGCAUUGACCUUCGCUUUAGUCAACCUGGCAAGGGUUUGCGAGCUGACUUCUUCCCUCUGGUAUGCCAGGCGUAUUACGCCUUUGCGUAAGAAGGGACCUAAAGUGGUUAGGAAGACCGUAAACCUUCGGCCUAUCAGCAUCGCUUCGGAUAUCGCGACUGUCCAAGACGCUUUGUGGCUAGGUCGGUGCCAACCAGUGUUGGAAAAUUUCACUGGCUGCAAUCAAGUUGGUGGUAAGUUUGACACAAUGUCUGUGGUGUUGGCAGUUGUGCUUCAUGUCCAGAUCAGGCACAUGCAAGACCUGAAGACAUACCUGCUUUUUGCAGACCUGCAGGCUGCAUAUGAUACAGCUGGCCACGAUGCCCUAUUGGCGGCUUCCUAUUGCGCGGGAGUUGUAGGUGUUGAAUGGAAUUUGCUCUGGGAUUUUAUUCACAUGGAUUCUGCUACGGUGUCUCUCAGCGGGCUGAUCUCUGAUGCUGUCAAGUUUCGUGCUGGUAUCCCGCAGGGUAAGCGCUUCGCUGUACAUGUUUUCACUGCACUCAUGAAUCUUCUUCGCGAAGUGUUGACGUCGUUUUGCGUCCCUGCCAUGACUAUCCUGCCCCCAUAUGCAGCAGAAGCAGUGUCGGGCCUUUGGACGGGCCUCACACCAGUCCCCGAGAUCUGCAGAUUGAGCCCUUGCUAUUCUGCGCCUCAAGUUGUUUUGAGAUUGCGCUCGCUCCGCGAUGAGGGUGUUGACCUCGUGUUCUGCAGAAGAGUAGCCAUUCAUGAAAUUGCUCGCCUUCGUGAUGUCAGUGAGCGCCAGCAUGUGGUGGAGCUCCUUGGUCACUCCCCACUGGGGGCCCUACUGUUUGUGGAUGAUGUGGUUGCUUCUUUUGCGUCUGAAGUUACUGUCUGCCAUGCAGCUACGGAGGGUUUGCAGGCCUACGCUACUGCUAUUAAAGCUCAGUUCAAUAUGGGGCCUACGAAGACUGCUAUCAUGCCGUGCUUCAGUGCCCCAGAUGUGCCGCUUCGCAGCAUUAUGUGUGAGAACUACAAGCUGUUAGGAGUCCAAUUGGAAAGAGAUUUUUCCUUCAAAGCCAGGGCCGAUUUCAUAUGUCGCGCCGGGUAG